AUGCGGAGGUGGCGUGGCGGCGUGGUGCUAGGUCUUCCUCCACUCACAUCCGUCGCCGCCCCGAGGGCUCCUCCGAGUUCGCACCCACGCCGCCACCCCCAGCACCCUCCCCGACGGCCGCACUGCCUUCCCCGGGCCGUCCUCGAAGCCAAAGCCGCCGGCCCCGGGGACCUCCUGGAUGCCCGCGCCGCCGUCCCCGAAGACCUCCACGACACCCGCGCCGCCGCUCCGGAGCCCUUCCCGAAGCCCGCGCCGCCGCCACCAAUAACCUCCUCGACGUCCGAGCCACCACCCCCAAGGCCAUCUGGACACCUGCGUCGCCGCUGCCCCCCAGCGCCCCCCAGAGGCUCACGCCCCAGUGUCCUCUCCGGCAUCGGCACCCAUGCCGCCACCACCGCACGGGGCCAAGCCGCACCAACCCGCCCGUAUGAUGAGCAUGAUUAUUCAAUUCGUAUAUUCACUGGGCACUCAGCAUCUGUUAUGUCACUUGAUUUCCACCCAAACAAGGAUGACCUCAUUUGUUCUUGUGAUGGGGACAAUGAGAUACGAUUCUGGAGCAUCAAGCAUGGAAAUGUUGUCCGAAUUUUCAAGGGAGGUUCGGCCCAACUGAGAUUCCAACCACGUUAUGGAGGAUAUCUUGCAACAGCUUCAGAUAAUGUAGUCUCUAUCCUGGAUGUGGAGACACAAACUUGCGUGAGGAGAUUUGAGAGCCACACUAAGGGUGUUGAUUCCGUGUUCUGGGAUCCCACUGGCGAAUAUGUGGUGUCUGUCAGUGAAGACAGUGUGAAGGUGUGGUCUUUGAACGAUGAGAGCUUUGUGAAUGAGCUUAACUGCAGUGGGAGAAAGUUCACUUCAUUCUCUGGCAGGGUUUACAAUUUCGGCGAAAUAUCGCCGAAAUUUCCGAAAUAUCGCCUUUUUUGUAGAGUUCCUGUUUCAGCUAUAGAGCUGUACUUGGAUAUUAAGAGCACAAUUGAAGACUAUGUCAGGGUUGGUAACAGACUAUAA